UUUCGAACUGGUUGGUUGUGUUUUUUGGCUUCUCUCUGUGUGCGCCGUUCGUAGGUGGAAAAGAAAAAAAACGGAAGACCCCAGAAAUACUGAAAAACUAAAAAACUUAGAAAACUCCAAAUUAUUUAUCCUGCGACCAAAGCCAAUCGGAAAUUCUACAGCCAGUUCUCGCGCUUUCCUCCUUUUUUCCUGCUUUUUCCGUUUGCCGGCAAAAACAAAAGGCGGCAACGAAGAGAGGCAACAAAAACAAACGCAAAAAGCGAAGCAAAAUGUGAAAAAUUGCCGAACAUGGCGCCGCGUGUGUGACAGAGAUCGAACGAACGUGCGAGAAGGACGGUGAAGAGACAGAGCGAAGAUAAACAAUAGAAACAAUUUUUGAUACUUAACGUUCUACAACAACAACAAACUCAGCUCAGGUACAACAACAACAAAAAAAGUUAAGAAAAAACCUAAAAAACAGACUGCAUUAACGGGAACUUUUCGAAAUAUUUUUGAUACACACAGCGAGAGGUGUACGAUUUUUAAAAGCAAUACAAAAAAGCAAUAAAAACAAGGUAAAAAAUACCAAAUUGAUAAAAAAAAACACUCGGAAAAUCCAGCAACUUAAAACAAUCUAAAAAGUAGACGAAAAACUAAAAUUUCCCCGACUAAAUCACACAAAAUCAAGCAUUUACUAUAUACAAAGUAAAGUUAAAAAAAAAAAUAAAAUCUUAAAAACCGGUAAACUGACUUAUUAACCCAAAAAUCCUCGAAAAAACAGACUUUUGUCUGCGAACCCAAAAUUUUCUAUAAAAAAUUUACAAGUCCGAAAAAAAAAAACAGGCAGAAAAUCGCGUAAAAUUCUGAAAUCGUUUCGAAAGUAAAAAACUGGAAACACAGCGCCGGCAUUUAUAGACCACAAAUCACAGCAUAAAUUUCCGAAAAAGAAAAUUCUAACGAACAAGCAAUAUUUUCCAAUAUAAAUUGCGGGCAAAAUGCUGAUCCGAAAUAGAGAUUGAGAAUUUUAGUCGAAGAUAGAUAGCCGCUUACCGAACCGCUGAAAAGAGUGCUUACUUAGAGCUAACAAAAAAAGGAAAGAAACACAAAUUUAUGGCUCCGCGUCGCAACAGUAACAUCAGCAGCAGCGGCAACAGCACCCAGCAGCAGCAGCACCAACAGCAGCAGCAGCAACACCACCAGCAACAGUUGCAGCAGCAGCAGCAGCAACACCAGACGCAGCAACAGCAACUGCUGCAGUUUUACGCGGAGAACGCGAAUCCUCCAGGCGUCCUCAUGGGUCCCCUGCAGGUAUCGGGAGGCGUAACCCGCUGCUGCCUGCCCAGCGGAGAUUGCCGCAAACUGGACGCCCUGAUCCCGCUGACCGAACUCUCCCUGGCGGACUGCAUCCGAGUGCUGUGCAACAAUGAGAACUGCAGUGCCGGGCAGUACAUGCACCGCGAGUGCUUCGAACUGUGGGAGGCGGGAGUCCUCCAGGCUCUGAAGGCCAAUGGCAGAGCCCGAUCCUGGUCGGAGCGGCAGCGCCUACAGCAUCUGUGGACCAAGAAGGGCUACGAGCUGGUCCACAAGGCCUGCAGUUGCAAGUGCGGCAGGGGGCAGCUAAGAAAGGACCUCGAGUGGGUGGCUCCAAGCAGCCAGGGUGUUAUAUACCUCAAUGGAUCUGGCAAUCGGGCCGCUCUCAACGGCAAUCUCAGCGAGGACGACGACAAGAAGAAGGCCAAGAAGAAGAGGAACCGCAACAGCAACAACAACAACAACGGCGCCAGCAACGGCAGCUCUAAGACUCCCCUGAGCACCAGCAAUGGUAACAGUGGCUAUAAUGGACUCACUCCCAAUCCCAAUGUGGGUGUCAUUGGCUCCGGGCUGCCCCACAACAAUGGUGGCACCAACAAUAACAGUGGCACUAGCUCCUCCGACUUGCUGCAACCCAGUGUGGUGGCCACUUUGAGCAACAUCCUCAAUCCGAACAAUGUUCUUGGCUUGGACCUCAGGGCCAGAGCUGGCAGCCUGUCCUCCAGUGGAGCUGGCAGUGGCUCCACCUCGCCAUCGGCCUCGCAAUCCAGCGGGGAGAUAUCCGUGUCGCCGGUGCAACAGUUGCUGCAACAGAAGCAGCAGCAGCAACAGUCUCUGCUGAUGCAACCUUUGGGUCCCGCCUUCGGCAACAAUCUUCUCCAGAACGGCUUGGGCUUGUCCAAGAACCUCCUGAUUGCUCCCCAGCAGCAGCAGCAGCAGCAGCAACAGGCCAACUUGCCUGCUUUGGCCAACAUCAGCAACUUCAAGCCAUUGGCCAGCUACGAGCAGCAGCAACUCGUGCAGCAGCAGAAGAACAAGGAGGUCGAACUUUACUCCGAGAGAGUGCGCUCCACAUCGGGCUGCAAUGGGAUCUUUUCCCGUCGCCUGGACUUUUCGUCGUUCAACUUGCUGCCAAAGACUCGUUUGAAUUCUUAUCAAGUCAAGAUCGAGGACGAGGGCAACCACGGCAACGAUGAGACGCGCCUCUUCAUCCUCUCCUCGUUGGCUCAAUCCCAGAUGAGCCGGGUGGCCUGCAUUCUGUGCGAGGAGCCGCUGCUGGUCUUCGAUCGUUAUCCCCUGGUCGAUGGCUCCUUCUUCCUGAGUCCCAAGCAGCAUUCCAGCGGCUGCAUCGAGGUUAAAUACGAGGGACGCACUCUCUACUUGACCUGUGUCUGCAUGAGCUGCUUGGACGGUACCUCCAGCAGCCGCGUCAUCAACUGCAGAUUCUGCAAGGAGCCCUGGGAUGGCUCCAGCCUGGUCCUGGGCACCAUGUACGCCUACGACAUCUUUGCGGCCAUGCCCUGCUGCUCCGAGAGGUUCAAGUGCAAUAACUGCUUCAAGAUGCUGAUGCAUCCGCAGCAAAGGCUGAGCUUCUACAGUGACUACUCGCACGGGGUGACCUGUCCGUAUUGCAACACCCAGGACACGCACUUCGUCAAGCCUUUGAGCUUCUGCUACGCCAAGAGCCCGGCGACACGGCUGCCGACGCUCGCAUAACAUGAGGCCCCGUUGGAGUCGCCCGUGGGAACAGGUGCCACCGCCACUCAGGUGCCAAAUGCCCAGGGCGCUCCAACGGCCUCCGGCUGCAGCAACUCCAUCACGCAGAAGCAGCCACCGAAGCAGCCCCUCUACAAUGCCGCCAUCGAUUACUCGGCACCGCUGCAGCAGCAAAUUAAUCCGGACUUGAUUGGGGCUCAUCCGCAUGCCCAGCAGCAUCAGCAGCAGGUGCGACAGCAGCAGCAACCACAACAACAGCAGCAACAGCAACAGCAGCAGCAGCAGAUACAACAGAAACAGUCACAACAACAGCAGCAGCAGCAGCAGCAACAUCAGCCUGCGGUCAGCUCUUUUCAGAGGGCCAACUUCCCAGAGCAGCCACAUAAAACCAUGAACAUGAUGGACAUGGCAGAUGUGAUGAGCAAAUACCAGCAGCAGCAGAAACAGCAGCAGCAGCAGCAGCAACAGCAACAGCGCCAGCAGCCACAGCAGCAACAUGCAACACAGAAAGGACUCGAGGGCCUCCUAUUAACCAACACAAACAGCAACAGCAACAGCAACAACAACAGCAGCAGCAGCAGCAGCAGUAUUAGUAACUUAAUCAUUAGCCAUAAUUCAGCCAGCAAUCCAGGCAGCAAAAUGCAACCCACUUGGGGCCAAAGCGAUGCCAUCUCGGCGUUGUGGGGCUGCUCCAGCAGCAGCAGCGGUUGCUCCUCGGGCAGCGGUUCGCAGCCCUCGCUGAGCCCGACGGCCAGCAGUCAUGGCAACGAUAGCUCCAAGAUGAUGUUGUGGGCGGCACAGAGUUCGCCACAGAAUGCUGCAACACUCAGGGAUGGAUUCAAGGAGUUGCAACAGCAACAGCAGCAGCAGCAGGUGCAACAGCAACUGCCACAUGCAGCCUCGCCCACAGCCUCGUUGACCAGUUCCAGUUCCUCGUCGAACGGCUGGAGUGGCUCGCACUAUGGCAAGCCCAAUAUCUGGGAACUGCCAGGAUCCGCAGGCCAAAGGACACCGGCCAGCAGCCACGACAUCUUCACCGAUCUCCUGUGCAACCUGAGCAUCAGCCAGGACAACACCAGCAGCCAGCAGGCCAAAGCCGAUGCCUCCGACGUCAGCUCGAACUCGUCCUCGUCAGCAGGGGAACUCCUGGAAGCGGCCAACAUCUGGAGAUUCCCCGAGUACGCCAGCCAGCUGUACAACGAGGAGCCUACCGGCGGGGCAGCUGCCUGCAUGCAGCUCUUCAACGACUAUCUCAACAUGAACUAAGGACCAGGAGGAGGACCCACCCGCAGCCUGCACCAUUUGUUACUCUAGCUAAAUUGAAAAAACAAAAGGGAAAAGUUAAAAGAGAGUAAGCAGGAAGGAGGAGAAAGUCGGACCGAAAGUUUUAGUUUUUAAAAUCAUUUGAUUUUUUAUAUCAAUCACACACACACACACACAAGCACAUCUAAAACCGAGAGAAAACAAUGCAAACUAAAAACAAUUUCUUGUUAUUUUUGUUGAGUUUUUUUUAGUUCUUUGUUUUUACACACCUACCUAAACGAAAGCAAAAGCAAUUUUUAGUUUUAUUUUUUAAAGCAAAUUUUUUUAUACAUUUUACCAAAAAAAAAAACAAAAACGAAAUGUAAAACACAAAAAAAAAAAGAGGGAGAAAGAAGGAGGAGAAAGAGAAGUAACAUUUACAUCACGAAGAAAGGGAAAAGUUUUAUUUAGCAAAAAUUGAAGGCAGGGCAUUAAAUUGUUUAAACAAAUCAUGAUAAUUGCUGUGCUGCUCAAUAAUACAAAAACAAAAAUGAAAACAAAAACAAAAUGAAAAGCAAAAGAGAAGAAGAAGAAGAAGGAUAAUAAGAGUAGAGUAGGAGAGUGUAAGCGAGCGUAAGAGAGCGUAUGAGUGCGUAAGAGAGCGUAAGAGAAGCGCAGAGUAGGGGAGAACAUGAAACAUUUGCUACAAUUUAUGAAACCUAAAAUUACAAACCUAAAUUUAAAACAAAAACAACAACCUAAUCGAUAAGUUGCACAUCUUUACCUAAGCGAUUGGUAAUUAUUCCUAGUUUUAGUAAGCGGAACGAGAACCUCUAGAACCGAUUAAGUUUCCAACACUCUCUCUCUCUCCAGUUCAGUUAGGUCCUUAAAGCAAAACCCAAACCACCCACCCACCCACUCACACACACAUAGCAGCCAGGGGCGGCACAUGCAACAAGAGUUCGACCCUUCUUUCAGGAGUACUUCAAGCAGCCCAUCCCCACCCACGCUCCCCCUAAACUCUUAGUUAAGUCCUUGAAAAACAAAAAGAAAAAAAAAACCAAAA